GAGAAUUUGAGGUAUGGAUAAAAAUCCGCUGUUUGGAACAGCCCAUAGGAAAUCGAAAACAUGGCCCAUGGUUUUCCUCUUCUCUCUCCUCUCUCCUCCUCUGUUGAAAAAACAAACUGUACUUCUCUAUCAGCUAACCCUAGCCUCUGUCUCCCUUUUAAACCCCCAUCCCCAUCCCCACCCCUAUUACUUCUAUUCUACCCUCCUCUUCCCAUCACCUUCAUCAACAGAGAGAUGCAAAACUUCACAUCUCUCUCUUUCUUUCUCACCUCAACAUCAUCAAAAACUACUAUUACAGUAUUUUAGUACAGUUACCUAACACAUACACACACAUACACAUACAUAUAUAUAGAAAUAGCAUCAUCAAUUCCUCAUCCAUGUUUAUCAGUUUCUCUCUCUCCACCCUGCUCCUGUCCUCUGUUCUGAAAGGUAAGGAGUGUUUGGAAUUGGCUAGCGAGACGAAGAAUAGCAAGUCGAGGAAGAGCCGUAGACGGCAGAGGAAAAUGUCUCAGGUGCAGAAGCUAUAUGAUAUAUGUAAGGAAGUGUUUGCUACUGGUGGGCCCGACAUUAUCCCUCCUGCCGAUGAUAUCCAACGGCUGAAAUCAGUGUUGGAUGGCAUGACUGAACGGGAUGUUGGCCUGAGCCCAAAUAUGUCAUGUUUCGGGAGGACAACUACUGAUCAGCUUCCAAGAAUAACAUAUUUACACCUCCAUGAAUGUGACAAGUUCUCGAUUGGGAUCUUCUGCUUGCCACCAUCAGCUGUGCUUCCGCUCCAUAACCAUCCUGGAAUGACGGUGUUCAGCAAGCUUCUCUUCGGAACCAUGCACAUCAAAUCAUAUGACUGGGCAGUCGAUGUCACUUCCGACGCCAAUCCCCCCGGAGUACGGUUGGCGAAAGUCCAGGUCAACUCUGACUUUACCGCUCCCAACACUUCUAUCCUUUAUCCAGCUGAUGGGGGCAAUAUGCACUGCUUUACUGCAUUGACACCUUGCGCCGUGCUAGAUGUUUUGGGCCCGCCAUACUGUGAUCCUGAAGGAAGGCACUGUGCAUACUACCUUGACUUCCCAUUUUCUAGUUUCUCAGGUUUUGCUUCACUUUGAGUAACCUGAGAACACGACGACGGUGAGUUAUUCGGCUGAUGGUGGCCAGAAUACUCCUUCAAUGGUCAAGUUAGCACAAUUUUAGACAGAGAAGACCAAAGAAAUCUGAUAACCAAAGAGAGAGAGCUCUGAUGACCAAGAGAUCUUAGUGUGUAAGGGUUCCAAACCUCUGUAUGGAGACUUGUAUAAUUUGUGCGCGUACCUCUGCCCGUCCUUCCUUAGACGCGUGGACAUGCUUCUCUCUUGUCUGUCAAACUUUGUUGCAGUUGCUUGAGAGACCAUAUAAGUGGCAUGGGUUGAGGAUUUUUUGUCCUAAGUUGUGUUUCCUUGUCCCAAUUCACAUAAUCCAAGGCACUAUCGAGUGAAAAUAGAGAGAAGUUUUAGGAUCCUCUGGUUUUGGAACAUAGGAUCUGCCCUAACGUUUGAUGUUUUGCAACCAGAUGUCUCUUUCCAUGGGCCUCAAUAUUUGCACAUAAUGGGGGCGGUGUGGUACAGUGUUUUGUUUGCAAACCAGUUGCACGCAGGGGGAGAGAAUGAGAUAAAGGACUAGAGGACGGACAAAAUAUGACAAAAUAUAAAAAAUUGAGCAUUUGUUUUUAACAAUAAAAUUUUAAAAAUACCACUAAUAAUUUUGUACAAAAAAUUUUGGUCUUGUUACGAAAAAUACAGUGAUGACAUUUAUUGACAACUAAGAUGUUCCGUUUUUAAAAUGUGAUUUCGUUCAUAAAUUUUAAUCUUAAUUUAUUAGAGUUAUAGUAACUAAAAAAUAAUUUUCAUGUUUUUGCAUUUUUCUUUAUCUUAACUUCCAUUCCCUCCUAAAAAGUAAACAAAAUGAUCUAAUUAAACGGAAAGUUAUCAUUUUAAAAUCAAAGGCCUACAAACUAGAGACGAUUUUUUAAUUGUAUAAAAAAUUAUUAAUUAUGAAGAUGUAUAUUUUUUUAAAAAUAAAAUAUUUAAUUUUUUUUAUAGUUAUUUUAAUAAAAAAAAUUCAAGUCGCAAAAGAGGCCUUAAAUUCUGUGUCCCAAUCUUUUUUGAACUCUCUAAUAUUUAUAGAGAGAAAAAAAAAAAA